AUGAAGUUCUCAAUUAAAUCGAAAUCAAUUGAACAUAUUGGUAAUAUCGAAGGUAUUGAUGGUGAUUGUCGUAUAUCUGCUUCUUACGAUGGUCAAGAUCAUAUCUAUUUGGUUAAUGGUAGCCAAAUAAGUAAUAGAAUUGAUCGAUUCAACAUCAAGACAAUACAAUUCGAAAGAUAUGAUAAAUUACCUGAUGAAUACGGUCAACAGGUUCAAAAAAGCAAAAAUUUAAAAACAAGUUGUAAAAUUUUAUUUUCAUCCAUUUUUUUUAAACUUAGAAUUGAUCGAUUCAACAUCAAAAUUGUAGUCUCAAUGAAAGUUGUGUUUUUUUGA